UAUUGAUUAAGUAACCAAUUUAACUAAAAAUUUAAACUGAUAGUUAAUGCUCUAUUAUCGCUUCAGAAUAUGUUAUAUACUCUAUCAAUAUUUACCCAGUUACACUUGCAAUACUCCUCUGUUCUAUUAAAAAUGCCUAAACAAAGAAAAUUUAAUAGAAAAACAAACAAAAAAUGAUGAUUUAUAACAGAAGAUAGAAACUAAGAUGAAAGUAUAAUCAUUUUCAUUUUUUCUUGUAGUCCAAAAUCAGGAUGGUCAUUAACAUUUUGUUUAAUCAUAAAUUCAUAAUCCUUGAAAAAAAAAAUUGUUCACUUUUGUGGACAACCAAUGAAAUUAAUUUAUUAUUUUAUGUAUACAAUCUAAACUUUUUAGGAUUAAGGCCAAUAGUGUCUGCAGUGUUCCAGUCCACAUUGUGGACAUCUUAAUUAUACCCUAAAGAAUUCCUAAAAAAUUUGGCUUGAUUAAAUCGUUAACUUACCUAUCAAAUAAACUUCGACCAACAUUACAUUGGGUGUUUGGUAAUUGUUUGUUGUCUUGUUUGACCAGCUGGAAAUAUUUGUUGUUUUUAUUGGCUUUGUUAGUUGAAAAAGCUAGUUGUUUGUGGAGAUGUUUGAUAAAAUUUGAAUAUUGGCUAUUGGCUGUUUAUGAGAGAAAAAAUAGGCCGACAAGCCAAAAACCAACUAAAAAAAGCUAGCCAUAGCAGCUUUUUCAUUUUGGCUUCAAAGCUAGCUUUUCAGCUGCUUUAAACAACCAACAAAUUAAUAGCCAAAAACCAAACCAGAAAUUUAAGAAAUAAGUUAAAAUUCAAAAAUAAGUUGCAGGAAAAUUUUUGUGAAACUUCGACCAAGAUUACACAGUUUCGACCGAGUCUCUGAUAUUUAAGCUAAGCCCAAUUAAACCCCCAAAGUUUCUGUUGCAAAUCAGUAAGCUUCGCCCGAUUUGCCACUCGCUUCGAUCGAUAUUCCAUAUUAAACUUGGACUGAAUUCUCACGGCUACGCCGGAGAUUGGUGUCAAUUCGCGAUAUUCAAAAAUUUAGUGCAAGUAAUUUUCAGGAAAAUGUUUAUCAGAUCUCCACCGAAAUGCUGAAGCUUCGACCCAAUUCUAGUUAACUCAACAAUUGCUACUGGAAAAAAUUAGAAUGAAGCAUCGGCCCGAUGUUUUGUAGCUUCGAUCGAAUCUACAGGUUGUAGAAUUAUUUCAGUGGGCUUCGACCGAACCAUUGUGGAAUCUGGAUCGAGACUGGAGCCGGUCAACUUUAAUUUCAGAUCUUUGAGCCAUUGUCAUUCCACUUUCAUAAUUUUCACACUCUCUUAAAACCCUAACUUUUCUACACUUUAUCUUUACUCACCAAAAAUCAUCUUCUCCGUUUCCCUUUCUUCCAUUAACACAAAACUCACCAAUUUACUCGCUAUGGCUCCUAAAUCUGGGAAAAAGAGAAGUCUCAAAGAGAGGUUAAAGGAUUCUUCUAGAAGUUCUAAAGGGAAAGCAGUUGCAGCUUCAAGCCAUGCCAUGGAAGAGGAUAUUCAAGAAGAGGCACAUGUAGCUGGAGCUCUAAAACGACUUCCGGAGCAAUCACCAACCAUGGCUCCUAAAUCUGGUGAAAAGAGAAGUCUCAAACAGAGGCUGAAGGGUUCUUCUAAAAGUUCUAAAGGGAAAGCAGUUGCAACUUCAAGCCAUGCCAUGGAAGAGGAUGUUCAAGAAGAGGCGCAUGUAGCUGAAGCUCCAAAACGUCUUCCGGGGCAGGAGAUUUGGUUUGAUGCUGAUUUUAAUGGGGUAAUUUUCUCUUCCCAAGAACAAUUUGAUAAAUUUCAAGCAUUUAAAAAGCGAGGUAUCCAACAUACCCGUUACAUUUUUGAUGGCAUUAUAAAGAAAAUGGGUGUGUGGGAUGCCUUUGCUCAUCUCAUGAUUACUUGUGGUCUUAAGGGUUGGUUAGAUAUGUGGCAUAUGUCUUUUGAGGCUUGGACUUAUGAGUUCUUAAGCUCUCUUAAGCCGGGUACAGUAGAUGGGAAUGAUGCUCUAUUCUUUAGACUAGAGAAUCACUCCUAUUCACUCACUUACCCACAAUUUUGCAAGGUCUUCAAUUUUGAUGAAGAGCCAGCCCCUAAGGAAGGCGCUUCAGCCGAGAGAGUUUAUGAUCUCUACCCGAGAAUUUCAGGGCAACUAGUAUAUCCAAGUGCUAAUCUGUAUCUUGCAGAUGUGCAACAUCCGGUAUUGCGCCUUUUCCUUAAGUUCUGCAGAGCUUGUUUAUUUGCUGGGACGGGACCUCAUUUACUCCGUCUAGCUGAGAUUUAUUUGUUGUGUCGGGCGCUGGCCCCUUAUGAUGAUACCCGCUUCCGUCUUCCUUUGUUUUUGUGGGAUCAUCUUCUCACGGUUGCUUCCUCUAAGGGAACACAACCAUUGUGUGUUGGGGGUCAUGUGACCCACCUUGCAUGUUUCCUUGGGUUUGCAGACCCUUCUGUACAUUCCCCCGAGAAUUAUAAGCUAAGUAAAAUCACUGCCACUCAUCUUGUGAACUCCAAGUUCAUUAUCACUAAGCCAUUCGCAUGGCGAUUGAACCCGAAUCGAUCUAACCGCACCAUCCCCAUGCCCUUUGAGAUAAAGCUUCCCCCUCUAGAUCCUUUUAGAGAUUCAUACCUUAUUGAGGGUGAGGUUCCUGUCUACCCAAGAGACGAGCACGCUGUUUCUCAACGUGUGCGAUCCUAUCCCCAAAGAGGGAGACCUAUGCUUUCUCCCACGGUUACACCCCAUUCUUCCACUGCAGAAGGCUCUCAGGGGCCUGAGCUAUCAUUUGAGGAGCAGAUACUGUCACGGUUAAGUCAACUAGACAUUAACCAAUGCACCUUGCUCGCUAACCAGAAGUCUAUGCAAACCUAUAUGUAUAGUCUAGGGGCAAGGGUGGACAAGCUAAGCGAUGAUAUUGAACGACUUAGUCAACCUUGGUAUGACUUUGCCUACCGUAGCCAUAUGGUGCCUCGUACAGCUGUAACCCCAUCGUGGUACGAGAGGCCCCAAAAGACCGACAUGUUUGACGUAGACUUGAGUCGGGGCCUUGGAGGGUUACAGAUUGGUGAUCAUCGAUUCACCAAUGCUCCUAGGCGUAAGUUUGACCCAACUUUUUCUGUGCAUGAAGGAGGAAGUGGUAAUGGUGAGGAUGACUUCCAAGAUGAUGGUAAUGAUGAGGAUAACCCUCACGAUGUCUUCAAUUUCCCAGGAGAUCCAGGUUCAUUUUCUUAGGAUGUUUUGCAUGUUUUGUACAAUAUUUGUUUUGUUUGUUUUCCUUUUUGUUGCAGAUUUGGUGAAGCACACUGUCUACACCUUGUACAUAGUUUUGCUCUGUUAGGUAUAUAUUUUAAUCUACAUCUCUCUUCAUCUCUUCUAGCUCCACAAAAUUUGUCCCACCUAUUCCCAUACUAACCAUCCUUGCAUAAAUUCUCGCACAUCUAUUUACUAGCCACAACAAAACUUAGCAUCAUCAUUUAUCACCUACAUAAACCCCAAUCUAAUUUUAUUAUAUUUGUUGCUUUCAAACCGCGAGAUUUAAAAGUGUUGGGUUUAUUUGAUUUUGGAGGGUUUGGGUUGAUGAGUAUAUAAGUUAUAUUCUUUGCAUAUUCUGGUUGUUGGCUUGUCUACUGAAUUUGAUGGUUAUCUCAGGGCGAUGGAAGAAGUGUGAGGGUUAAUUGUGACUGUUUCUUUUUUUAUUGUUCUACUUUCCCUUUUUGUUUGUUCUAGGCAUGGGGGUCUAUGAGGGACACUGGGUUAAUCUAAGAAGUUUUAAACCUUUUUAGCUGCAGUCAUUUGUAUCCUUUUGCUAAUUGCUACCAUGAGGAGGGAUGCGUAGGCUUUAUGUGGGCCCACUUUGGCCUCCCUAUUACUUUAUAGUCCUUUUACACUUUGAGGACAUUGUGCUACUCAGACAUGGGGAGGGACAUGGCACGCCAUUUCAUUCUUUGGGUUUUUGGUUUUUGGUUUUGUUUUUCUCAUGUAUUAUCUUUCUGUUUAGAAAAAAAAAAUUACAAGAACCUAGCUUGGCAUUAGGUCAAGGCAAAAGUAAGGUUUAAAUAAAAAAAGAAGGAAAAAAAAAGGGAAAACCCUGCUUGGCAUUAGGUCAAGGCAAAAGUAAAGUUUAAAUAAAAAAAGAAGGUAAAAAGAAAAAAUAAAAAAAUAAAAAAACUAAUGAGUGGCUACAUUGAAAAUCAACAAGGGCGGUGUAGGCAAAAGGAGAGGCUUAAGAUGAAUUCUCAUUUUUUGGCGUGGCGUCAUAAGAAGGGAGUUUGGAGGCUUAUUUAGGUAGGUCACUCAUUUCGUAUUUGAAGCUAGGAACGGGUACUAGGAUAGAACCUCUACUUCGAGUUAUUAAGGGAGCUUGUGUUUCAAGAGGUAAGUAUUUAUCCAAGAGGGGAGCUUAUCUGGGACAUUCGCAAUGGUGCUUGUGAGGUAAUGUAGAUAGACUUUAGAUUAAGCCUAGAGGAAGUCAUGGGGGAAGAAAUUUUUUUAUAUUCACUGUAUAUGUGUGUAUGUAUAAUAGCCUGCCUCAACCUAUCUUUAAAGUUUUAGGUUCCAGGUAUUAGUAUGGGAAGUAAAAGGGGAUGAUAUUCGUUUGUGAAUAUUGUUAUUCAUGUUUAACUCGAGGACGAGCAAAACACUAGGCAUGGUGGAGUGACAAGUGUGGGAUUUUACACUUAUUGCUCUUCUAAGAGAUUUAUUUGGAGCAUGAUUAGUGAGUUUUGAGGUCAAAAGUUAUGGAAAUAAGCUAGAAUAGGUGCAUAUGUUAUUUUGUACUAUUUGGUGCCUUUAUGGAUAUUUUUGGAUACUUUCAAGCAACUUUUGAUCACACUGGUCCUUGAUUAAGUCCACCAAACAUCAAAAGAAUGAAUGUGCGUAAUUGGGACGACAUAUGGAGGCUGAAUCUCGAUCGAAACUGACCUUAAUCUCGGUUGAGGUAAGUUGUAUUACUCACUGGAAACUUUGCUCCUAAGUCUCGGUCGAGAUUAUAUUCGAUAAAAAAAAAAGUUCUAUCAAGUCUAAGUUCUAUACUCGGUCGAGAUUACUUUAAUCUCGAUUGAGACUGAUUAUAAUGAAAAGUUACUGGAAAUGUUCAAGUAUAAAUCUCAGUCGAGACUAAUCCGAAGAAAACAUCACCGCCCACAUCAAGUUUAACUUUAUGUUGAAAUUGAUUAAUUUCGGUCGAGACUUGGUCGAGACUGUCCAAUUUCGCCCGAGAUGGUCUGCGGUUAAGGAUUCAUUGUGUUGCUUCAGAAAUUAACAGGGAUUAAGGGGAGAUUAAUAAAGGGUUUUACAGCAAAAACCUUUGGAAUUCUUCAAAGGGCUUUAUAUAUUCAUGAGAUUUAUCAAUCAAAGGAGAUCCCCAAUUUGAUCUUUAAGCUUUCUAGAAUUUAGGUUUUCAAUUUCUUCAAGUUUUGUUUUACAUUUUGUAAUUCAAAAUUCUGGUUUCUUUUCAAGAAGGUUAUCUAUGAGUUUAUGUAUAAGAAUUUGGGUAUUACUAUUAUUUAUUAUUAUUAUUAUUA